AUGGACAUUUCGGAUCUCUUGGAAAGAUGCAAGGACAAAGCAUUUGUAAAUGACAACAAGGAGCAGAUAAGAACGAAGAUGAUCCAGCAGCCUCUAAGGGACCAAGUCCGAAGCUUACUUGGGACAAAAAGGAACACUGCUAUAGUAAGGUUGAUUGAAGCUGUAGAGGCACCUGCAGAUGAACUCGUUCCCUCCAUUGAGGACAGGAAGAACAUCAAUCAAUAUGUGUACUCAACAUAUUACUACCUCUAUAAGAUGGGCCUGAUUAGGAGGGAGAAAUUUGAGGAUGUGAAGAAGCACUUCCAAUGCAUGAAAAAUUACGAGAAGAUGUUUGAAGAUACGGAAAACUCAUUUAUAAUAUCUAAGAUUGAAGCAGACAGAAGAAGAGACAAGAUGAUCAAGAGGGAAUUCAACAAAGCAAGCGACACAAAAGAAGAGAUAAAGUCACUUCUAAUUGAGCUCCCUGAAAUAACCACCAAAGAGGUGUGCGAAAUCAAGGAUGGGUUGACUAGUGUCCGAAGUGUAUUUGUGAUUGAUCUUGAUCCCAUAUUUGGAAUUGGAGGGCUAAGAUGCCAGGCAAAGGAAGAGACAUCAAGAAGAAUCUCCGAGAUCAGAGACAUUCUAUUUUGCAUCGACAACAGUUGCUCUAGAAUCAUCACCCUCGGGAGCUUGGGUGAGGAAGACGGAGGAGAAGGCCAUGAAGCAACUACACUUCGGAACUUGAAGAGGGACAAAUACCAUCGGUUUGAAAGGAUAUUUAACAGCUCAGAAAGGUUCAAGUUUACAUGCACGCCUCUUUUCUACAGUGUAGAUAGGCUACUUAAAAGCCGAAUAACACGUCUAUACGACUCUGUUGUGAAGCUCCAUAGAACAAAGCAGACAGUCUACUUUGUCUCUGCCCGUCCUCUUCCUCAGAUUCUUGCCGAGCUUCUUUUCUUUGAAUAUUCGAGUUUCGACAUAAGAACGGUGGUUUCGACGAAGGAUGUUUCGUUUGAUGUGUACAAAGAAAUACAGAGAAAGGAGGAUGCAAGGGUGGUUGCUGUUGGGGGAGAGCCAUCUUUUUACCAAGAGAAGGGAAAUAUCUACAAGAUAGGGUACGAGAACUUCAGAAAAAUGGUUGAGGGGAUUCUGGAGCCUGACGAAAGUAUGGAAAGGGAUAGCAAGAACCUUUCUGUCUCUUCUGCAUAG